UCCAAAAAGUUAGUAACAGAAGCUGUGAAUUAUCAGAAUGAAAUUUAGAAGACAACACAAGGCAAAAAGGAAAACCAAAUAUGGAUGAUAAACCAAGAGAAAAGCCUGAAGAUUUAAUAAAGAAAGCAUCAAAAGUGAUGCAGCGAAGUGAUUGGGGAGCAAGAGAUCCUACAUUUGUUACAACACUCAGAGCACCGGUCGAAAAAGUGGUAUUAACAUGGACAGGAACAGAACAAUGCUUUACUGAAAAAGAAUGUGUUGCUAAAGUAAAAGAACUUCAACUUCGUCACCAGCAAGAAAAGGGGGUACCAGACAUCAAGCAUAAUUUCCUUUUGGGUGGUGAUGGAGCCCUGUAUGAGGGUCGUGGAUUUCAAAGAUUGGGGCCAAAGUAUUCCCCACUUGUGGAUGAAAAACAUUCCUUGUCUGAGGAAAGUAUAGAAAUCGCUUUCAUAGACAAAUAUAAUAAUCAUCCGUCACCUAUUCUUCUCAAAGUGUUAUCGGAAUGCUUAGCCUUUGGAGUUGAAGGGAACUUCAUUCAAUCAAAGUUUCAUUUAUACUGGAUGACAGAAAAAGAUGUGGUUCUCAUUCAGCCUGCUAUGCUGUCAAGUAAAUCAGAAGCAAAGAUGGAAUUACAACACCAAUAGCAACAGUUAUGGGAGUAUGUAAUAUCAGGUGAAAAUAAUAAUACACUGAUUAAAGAUAUCCUUAUAUAUAAUAU